AUGCCGUCAUUGACAACAGCCUUUCUCGUAAACCGCUGUGUAAAAGAAGGGAUAUGGGACCGCCUGACGCACUACAAUAAAGAUUGCAAGAAGGCUCGGAUCUGCAUUACUGUGUUGUUGGGAUGUUGUCUCAAGUUUGUUGAAGAGGUGGUAUUGAGAGGCUACGAAAGAACAGAAGACCUGGUACUCGAUCACACCAGCGAAGCCCUAUUGAUUCGUAUUGUCGCCUACAAUCGCCAGUAUACCACCUUGGAGUAUAGCCUCACGACAACCACGGAAGCGCUCGCAACCUCAGGGUCCACUCAUCGUACGAUUUCUCUACCAAACCGACCGGCACUCCCAACAACGGUCCUGUGCUGCGCAUAUGCGAAGAAGCAGAGAAGCUGCGGCUGGGCCACCCAUGCCCCGAAACACAACGAGAACACAAAGUCAUGA